UUCUACAUUAUCUAUGGUGCAAUAAAAAAAAAUUGAAGUUGGUACUAUAAUAUCGCUUUUGUACUUGCGUUUUCAGCAUUAUCAUGGCUAAGAUGCUGUUUUAAUUAAUUAUAAUAGAUAAAGUGCCUCAAGUAUUGUUAUUUACACGUGCAGUGCAAAGACAUUUUGAUAUUUUAAGCAAUUAUAUGAUUACCUGCUUUCAUUUGACAAAUUGCGCUAGACCGCAUAAAUAAAAUGGCAGCCCUACCACGUAGAAUAAUCAAAGAGACACAACGGUUGAUGCAAGAACCCGUGCCGGGAAUUAGCGCGGUGCCUAGCGAGAACAAUGCUCGUUAUUUUCACGUAAUAGUCACCGGGCCAGAAGACUCGCCGUUCGAGGGAGGACUUUUCAAAUUAGAACUAUUCCUACCAGAGGACUACCCUAUGUCAGCGCCUAAGGUUAGGUUUAUUACGAUUUACCAUCCGAAUAUAGAUCGGCUAGGUCGCAUAUGUCUGGAUAUUCUGAAAGACAAAUGGAGCCCGGCAUUGCAGAUUCGCACCGUUCUGCUUUCUAUUCAAGCUUUAUUAUCGGCACCUAACCCCGACGACCCGCUGGCGAACGAUGUGGCCGAACUGUGGAAAGUAAAUGAGAGCGAAGCCAUCCGAAACGCGAAGGAGUGGACCAGGAGAUAUGCAAUGGACAACUGAGCGGCUUUAGUCGCACCCAGUGCCUCUCCCACGCGCUACAUGAAGUGAAUGUAACUAACAUAUAUAUCAUGAUUUUAAGAGUGCAAGUUAUGUUUUACUACCUAGAUCGAAUAACUUGUGAAGAGACAAUUGUGGAUAAAUUUAUAUAAAGGCAUAGGCUGGAGCCAUUGAGGCAGCAGCCAAAGUCGCCAUCACCUCUCGCAUUUCUUCAUAGCCUCCCGUGUCUUGGUAUACUCUGAAUGUCCCACAGAUUAUUGUUUAUUUUAUCACAUGUAGCUUCGUUAUGAUAUUAGGUAUGCAUAUUUUUUUACUAUAAUUAAACUAGCUAAAUAUUGGAAUUCUCGAGACCCUAUUGUAUAUAUUUCAUAGUUGAUCAAAUGUGGUUAAUUUUAUACAAAGGAUAGUGUAUUGUCACAAAGUUCAUUGCCUUUGUAAAUCUUAUCAGCUGUAAAGUGAAGACAUAAUGCAAUAAUAUCAGUUUUUGAUCUCCACAGAUACUGUUUUUUUUUUUGUUUAGAAUGAGCAAUGUUUCAAUUAAUAUAUUUUCCAGUGAUUUCUCCGCAUAAAAAUAAUUUAAACUGAAUCUUGUGUACCGUUUACUGUAUAAAAGGUUAUCAUUAAAUUGUAUUUAUGUAAAUUUAAUUUGGCUUUGUGAGCAACUUGAAAAUACAUAAUAAACAAAUGCUAA